AUGAAAAAUUUAAUUUCAAUUAUUCUUUUAAUUUUAAUUUUUUUUAAUUAUUCAAAAUUUGUUAAAUCAAAAAAUUGUAAAAUAGCUGUAUUAUUAAGUGGUGACUUUUCAGAUCUUGGAUAUAAUUAUCAAUUUAAUGAAGCAAGAGUAAAGGCAGAAUCAAUAUUAAAAUUAUCUGAUUUUUCAUUAUAUUAUAAAAAUUUGGAUGAAUCUGAAGAACUUUCCGAAGCUUCAUUUAAAGAUGCUAUUGCUCAAGGCGCAAAUUUAAUUGUUGUUGCAUCAAGUGGUCAAACUGAAAUGGGACUCAAAUAUGCUAAACUAUAUAAAGAUUCCGAUAUCUAUUGGAUUAUAAAAACAUCUGCAAGACCAGUUGAUUAUUUACCAAAAGUUGCAGUUUUGGAUUUUAAUACUGAUCGUGCUCAUUUCACACUUGGUUAUUUCGCUGGUAAAAUGUCAAAAACCGGAGUUGUUGGAUUUGUAAGCCCCGGUGCAUAUAUAGCAUCAAAUGGUAAUGCAUUUUAUUUGGGUGCAAAAGAAGCAAGAUCAAACAUUACUUUUGUGACAACAUUCACUGGUUCCUGGUUUAACCCAGAGGUUGCAUAUAAAGCGGCAGAGAUGUUAAUUUCAAAUGGUGCUGAUUUCCUUGGUAUGUCUCAAGAUGAUAUGUCUGUUCAAAAAGCAGUUAUUGAUAGUGGUAGUCUAGGAUUAGGUGUAACUGGUUAUCCAACUCGUUUAAUUUAUGGUAGUGCAAAUAUCGGUUUAUCCUAUAUCACCGAUUGGACUGAUGUAUUUGUAAAAUAUGCUUCUCAUGUCAUAAAUGAUACUUGGCCAGACAGUGAUUACUAUAAAACUUCAUUAAAUCCUGGUGGUUCAUUAUUAUUUGAUGAAUAUAGUUAUCUUGUACCACAAUCAAUUAGAGAUUUAGUAAAUAAUGAAAUUGAAAUUUUAAAAAAUGAUGAUUUCAACCCAUUUAGAUGUAAUCCAAUGUACAUUGACCUCGGAUAUAAAUUAGAUGUUAAUGGUUGUAUUUCAUAUAAUGAAUUUGAAAAAAAUCAACAAGUUUUAAAAGGUGAUAAAUAUUCAAAAACAAUUAGUUUUGGAACUUAUACAAUUCCAAUUGAAUUUGUUGAUUAUUCAAGUUCAAUGAAAUUGGGUAUUACAAUUACAUCAUCAAUUUGUAUAUUUUUAUGUAUUAUAUCAAUUAUUAUAGUAUUGGUAUUUAGAACUGCAAGAAUUAUAAAAUCAGCAAGUCCUGCAUUUUUAUUUUUAAUUUUAAUGGGGUGUAUUUUAAUAUUUAUUGGUUGUAUUAUAUUUUCACAAUCACCAAAUGAAGGAACUUGUAGAGCAAGAGUUUGGUUAUUAAGUAUUGGUUACACUAUUUUCUUGGGUAGUUUAUUAGUAAAGAAUUGGAGAAUUUGGUUACUAUUUGAUAAUCCAAAAUUAAAGAAACGUUCAAUAACAAAUUGGAAAUUGUAUCCAUGGGUAGCUGGUAUAUUAGCUGCUGAUGUAUUGAUAUUAGCAUUUUGGCAAGGUUUGGGUAAUAUUAGAUCAGAGUCUAGAAUUGGUAUUGAUUCAUUAACAAAGUAUCAAUAUACAAAUGUUUGUUCAAGUAAUGAUCAAGGUUCAAUUGCGUUAUAUAUAUUAUUGGUAUUUCAUGGUAUUAAAUUACUAGUGGCAUGUUUUAUUUCAUUUAAAAUUAAAGUUGUAGAUAUUGAUGAAUUUAAUGAAUCAAAACCAAUCGCAUCAAGUGUUUAUAUCAUUACAUUUUGUUUAUUCAUUGUUAUUCCAUUAAUGGUAUCACCACAAUCAGUUACAAGUCAAGUUACAACAAUUUGUGUUUGUGCAAUUGUUACAACUUUAAUUAGUAUAAUAUUACUAUUUGGCAGUAAAUUCUACAAGAUGAUAACUCAAGGUGCCGCAUUAAAUCAAACAUUCGCUUCAAGUUCAAAAUCAUCAAGUUUCUCACAAUCAUUAGAGAAAAAGAAAACUGGCGAAGAAGAUGAUUCAGAAUCAUCAGAAGAAAAUGGUAAAAAAGCAAUAGUCGUAACUCAACAAAGUGUUUUGGCUCAUUUCAGUAGUGAUACUGAAGAUGAUGAAAAUGAAACUCAACAAAUUGAUGAAGAAAAAGAUGAACAAAUUGCUGGAAGUAAUGAAGAUAUCAUACAACCAGAAGAAAACAUUGAAGAAAAUAAUGUAUCAGUAAUUCAAUCAAAAAGAUUAUCAAAUCAAUUAAACGGUGAAGUUGAAAUUGAUUCUAAUAACCUUUAA